AUGGCAUCACGCUCGGCCCGAUCCUCACCGACGCGCCUUCUCUGCUCCCUAUGCACAGCAUCCGCCAGCCCCACGCGGGCAUCCACGGCCGCUCUGCUGACCGGAAAUUUCCACAUCCGUAGUUUCUCCGCCGGGAGCGCCGCCGCCGCGCGGCUUAGGGAGGAGAAGGAGGCCUGGUGGAAAGAGUCCCUGCAGAAGCUUCGCAACAUCGGGAUUUCAGCUCACAUAGAUUCCGGCAAAACGACGCUCACGGAGCGGGUGCUGUACUACACGGGUCGGAUCCACGAGAUUCACGAGGUCAGAGGUAAAGAUGGGGUAGGCGCGAAGAUGGAUUCCAUGGAUUUGGAGAGAGAGAAAGGGACUACCAUACAGUCUGCUGCCACAUACUGUAACUGGAAGGACUAUCAGGUUAAUAUAAUCGACACACCAGACCAUGUCGAUUUUACUAUUGAAGUGGAGAGAGCUUUGCAUGUACUUGAUGGUGCCAUUCUUGUCCUGUGUAGUGUUGGUGGUGUACAGAGUCAAUCAAUCACUGUUGACAGGCAAAUGAGAAGAUAUGAGGUCCCAAGACUUGCUUUUAUCAAUAAGCUGGAUAGAAUGGGGGCCGAUCCGUGGAGAGUUCUAAAUCAGGCGAGAGCUAAACUUCGACACCUCAGUGCUGCUGUGCAGAUCCCAAUUGGUUUGGAAGAUGAUUUCAAAGGUCUCAUUGACCUGGUGAACAUGAGAGCUAAUUACUUUCAUGGUUCGAGUGGUGAGAAUGUUGUGAUUGAGGAUAUUCCUGCUAAUCUUGAAGAAUUAGCUCAAGAAAAGAGACGUGAACUAAUUGGAGCUGUCUCGAAGGUUGAUGAUAACCUUGCUGAAGCAUUCCUUAGUGAUGAACCUAUAUCAGCCGCCGAACUUGAGGAAGCUAUCCGUAGAGCUACUGUAGCACGGAAAUUUGUUCCCGUGUUCAUGGGUAGUGCUUUCAAGAAUAAGGUGGGUUCUUUCAUUUUGGGCACGAUUUUGUCUUGUAAGCUUGUUGCUGCAAGCUAUUCCAGUGCACAACUCUUUGUUACUUUUGGACUAAUCAGAACUGAAUAG